AUGCUUUCAAAUUGCAGAUUAUCCGAGGAGAUGAAGAAAGGGUUGCACCCCCAGAUGCAAUGGAUAUCUUAUGUGACCCAGAGUGGCAGAUUGAUGCACGUUAUGAUGACCAAAAUCCACCAUGUUGGUAAAGUCUACCACUUGAAGGCGAAACGGCAAAUGACUGAGAACCUCGGGCAGGUUGCCAAGUUCAGGCAACGUUACGAGAAGACUGCUGCCCCGAAAGAGGAACCUUGA